ACUGCCUGACUUGUUUGUCCUAUAGCCCCGCCUCUGAUUAUUAUUAUUUUAGUAAUGUAAACAUUUCCGUCCUGAAGCUUAUUAGAUACAUAAUAGCAAGAUAAUUUAUGUAAUACAUUAAAUUAGAGCAGAGUUGAUAAAUAAAACUGUUCAGCCGUCCGUCUGUCUGCCGAGUAGCUAGCUAUAGCUCCGUGUAUUUCUAGCCUUGUAGCUCAAAGCUAGCUCUACUCCUCGCAAUGGAGCAUGUCUCCUCCAGCACGCCGCGCUCCCCCGAGAAAGACGACGACUCUCCGGACACUUGGAGCGACGACGACUGCUUUGACGACGCAUUCGGUGACCUGGCGUCGCUGCCGGUGGAAACUAGUGAGCGAAGACCGACGUGUUUACGGUGCCGUCGUCCUCAGAAGGUGUGUCUGUGUCCCUUUCUACCCACACAACCCUUGGACGUUUCCACAUGUCUCUACAUCGUACAACACCCCGCAGAGGAGAGUAGAGUUCUCCGCACAGUGCCUCUUCUCGUCGCAUGUUUGCCACCAGGAAAGUGCAACGUCAUUAUCGGAAGGCGCUUUAACGAGGCUAAGAACCCAGAACUAGCAGAAGUAUGUCAAGACAGCCGAACUUUAAUCCUGUACCCGGGGCCCAACUCCCAGAAUCUGGAGGAGUUAAUACAGCGGCCAGAAGAGAGCGCCAUAACGCAUAACAUUAUCAUCAUCGACGGCACCUGGAGCCAGGCCAAGAACAUUUUUCUCAAAAACAGCAUGCUACACCUCCCCAGGCAGGUGCAGCUCAACAGAAGUCUAUCGAGCCAGUAUGUGAUCCGUACACAGCCCUCCAACAUCUGCCUGUCCACGCUGGAGUGCGCUGCGGUCACCUUAUCCAUCCUGGAGUGCAAUGAUAUCUUCCAAGAGGUGCUGCUGAAGCCACUGAAGGCCCUUUGUUCCUUCCAGCUGGAGCACGGCGCUCAGGUGCACCACAGCAAGGAGCACCUGUUAAAGAAUGGCAUGUAUGACAAAACUAUGCCGAAGAACAAGCGCAAGAUAAAAAGGCUGGAGAAGCUGGUGACAGACAACAAUUGCCUGCUGAGAUGAUCCAGCGUUGUUAACCUUACGGACACUCUUUCUUGUUUGGCUUCAUUUUUGAAUGGACACGUUCUUUUUUUUUUUUUGAUGAA